AUGAAACCAUUUGCGUUGAUAUAUGCGAUACUCUUUAUUGCUCAUUUAAUUGAUGCAUUUCCGAACGGGAACUUAGAUUUUUCGAAAAGAGACAACAAUACGAUAGUCCCAUAUUAUUAUAAUCAAACUAUUGAUCAUUAUGACAAGAAAUCAGGAACAUUCAAACAAAAAUAUUUUGUCAAUUCCGCCUUUUAUAAACCCGGUGGACCAAUAUUUAUCACCACCGCAGGAGAAACUGCAAUUUCCGUGAAUCAAGUUAAGCUAUCUGGGAUCAGUUAUAUGGCUUCUCUUUUCAAUGGUCUCGUAAUUUCAGUUGAGCACCGUUUUUACGGUGAAAGUUAUCCCCCAGUACCCGACCUUCAUACCAAGAACCUAAAAACUCAUACAGUUGAACAAGCCCUGGCAGAUUUCGCAACAUUCAUCUCUAAUCCUCCAGAUGUACCGGUGAAAAUUCCGAAAGACUCGAAAUGGAUCUUUGUGGGUGGAUCAUACGCUGGUAGUAUAGCAACAUGGAUGCGAAAGAAAUAUCCCAAAUUAGUAUUCGCCGCUUGGGCCUCAUCCGCCCCGUUAUUAGCCAAACUUGAUUUCUUUGAAUAUGAUCUAGAAGUUGGUCAUGCUCUACCAUGUCAUGACGAUGUGGCCGGUGCCAUAAAAUAUGUCGAUAGCAUCCUACUUUCCGGUAAUAAAACUGCCAUCAAAGCUCUCAAGGUACAAUAUGGACUUGGCGUAUUGGAACAGGAUCGAGAUUUCGCAACGGCAAUAAGUUUUCCAGUGGCAAUUAUGGUUCAAAGCUAUUUCCCACCGUUAUCACCUAAUGAUAUUGAUACCAUACCCACUUUUUGUGGCGCAUUUGCCAAAUCACCUAAUAAGUCUCCCGCUACCUUGAAUGCUAUAUAUGUCCAAACUUUCAAGUUCUUUUUGAAUAGUUCUAAGCUUACUACCGAUGAGGCAAUUACAAGAUUCUUCGCUACCUCCGCCAUUAGCUUAGCCGUACCCAAUGAUGAAGUCACCUACUACUAUCAGUCUUGCACACAAUUCGGAUGGUCUACAACUGCGCCAAGACCGCCACAUCAAAGUCUCCGUCCUCAAAUUGUAAACGUCGCCGGCUUCCAAGCUCUAUGCAAUUUUCUAUUUCCCGGAAUCCCAUCACUACAAGUAAAAAAGACAAACCAUGAGCUCGGUGGUAACAAAGGUACAUUUUCGCGUACAGUAUUUACUACCGGUGGACAUGAUCCGUGGACACCGUUGACCAUUAGUGGUUCCGAUAAACAUACCAUUUCAAAGAAUUCAGUGUUUGUGAUUAUAAAUGGGUCUCAUACCAAUGAUUUGAGAUAUCCUAGUUCGGUGGAUAGUGCUUCAUUGACAGCAGCCAGGAAAUUUGUGAAAGAUAAUUUAUCAGAGUGGUUGAAAAAGUACUAG